AUGGAGGACGACGAAGAAGCAARAACUCUGUUCUUGCAAACUUAUUCAGCUUCUUACGGCUACAAUGGGACUAUUGAUUCAAUCCGAGAGAARGAAUUUCAAAGACUUGGAGAUGACCUAUACCUCGAUCACAUUGGUGCUACACAGUACCCUAAGUCUCUUCUCGACAGAUAUAUCAGUGAUUUAUCAAAAAAUAUUUAUGGCAACCCGCACAGUCAAAACCCAAGUAGUCAGCUGACGACAGAACGCAUUAACGAAGUGCGAAACAAAAUCCUACAUCACUUUAAUACAAGCAGCGAUGAGUACUCAGUUGUGUUUACGKCAGGUGCAACAGCCUCAAUGAAAUUGGUUGGMGAGUGCUUUGAUUGGCAAGRAAACUCGCACCUAUACUUUUUGCAGAAYAGCCACACCUCUGUUGUUGGACUUCGAGAAUGUGCUGUUAAGGAGGGUGGUGGUUUUGUAUGCAUUGAAGACAAAGGGCUCCAAUYCACAGACUUUAGAAGUUAUUUCCAAAAUAAUGGCAUAGGGGAACACAAWAAUGACURUCCAAACCUUUUUGUGUUUCCAGCAAUGUGUAAUAUGUCUGGUAAGAAGUACCCUUUGGAUUGGAUAACCACWGUGCAUGAUACUCUAAGCCAAUGGUUUGUAAUGGUUGAUGYAGCGUCAUUUGUUAGUACAUCACACCUUGACUUGAAUAAGUAUAAAGCAGACUUUGUGCCYGUGUCUUUCUACAAGAUGUUUGGAUUUCCUACAGGAAUUGGUGCAUUAUUAAUCCGUAAUGAAAGUGUUGACAUUCUAAAAAAGAAAUAUUAUGGUGGAGGAACUGUCCUUGCCACAAUUAGUAGUGAAAAAUUCCAUGUUUUGAGGCCAAAUAUAUCAGAAAGAUUUGAAGAUGGAACUCUACCAUUUUUGGAUAUUAUAGCUGUUGGUCAUGCUUUAGACAAUCUCCAUCAACUCACUGGUGGGAUGCAAGCAAUAUGUGAUCACACAUUUAGUCUUGCUCAAUAUGUGUACAAGAAAAUGGCUGCAAUGAARCAUUUUAAUGAUUCACMAGURUGUCAGYUKUACUGUGGAACUGAUUUUASCAAUGCCRAWGAUCAAGGACCUGUAAUCAACUUUAACAUAAUGAGAUCCAAUGGAACCAUGGUUGGAUACGGUGAGGUUGACAAAUUUGCAUGCCUUUUCAAUAUCCACCUGCGAACUGGUUCAUUCUGUAACACUGGAGCAAGUCARCAAUAUCUUGGAAUAUCUAAUGCACAGCUCAAAAAUAACUACCUGGCAGGCCAUGUUUGUGGAGAUAAUGUAGACCUUAUUGAUGGACAYCCAACAGGCUCUGUAAGAAUAUCUUUUGGAUACAUGUCAACAUUUACAGAAGCUCAAAAAUUUCUUAAGUUUAUCAAACACUGUUUUGUUGAAAAUGGAAAUGCKGUGACUCAAAAUGCAAUCAGAGAAGARGAUGUUCUAAAUCAAAAAKUAGGUAGUAUUCCUUUGAAGCGAGUUAGYGAGGAAAGUGUUGAAAUACYACYCAGUAAGCCAGAGAURRYCAAGGCCWUGGACYGUUUUGAAUUGAAGAAAAUAUGCCUCUUUCCAAUCAAGUCCUGUGGUGGUUUUGAGGUCUCAAGGUGGCCAAUAGGACCAAGAGGAUUGAUGUAUGACAGACAGUGGAUGAUUAUAAAUGACUCUCAUAUCUGUUUAAGCCAAAAAAGAGAACCAAAACUCUGCUUAAUAACACCUUCCAUUGAUGAUAAACAUGAAAUAUUGAAAGUUACAGCUCCAGACAUGCCAACCUUAGAAGUGAAAAUUCUUGACAGYCAGAUAUUUGAAAAUGAAAAUGUUUGCAGAGCAAAAAUCAACCAGGAAAGGUUAGAUGUAUUUGACUGUGGUGAAGAAGCUGCCAAAUGGUUGACUUCAUUUCUGGGUAAAAGAUGUUGCUUGGUACAGCAAAAACCUGAUGACACAAGGAAAUCCAAGGUUCUGCAAACAGGCUGCAAAGAGACGUCUGGUGAAUCUGCUUUGUCUCUUGCAAAUGUCUCUCAGUACUUGCUCAUUAGCCAAGCCAGUGUCUCUGAACUCUAUCAAAAUAUGAAUCAGCCAUCUGAAUUUGAGCAGAAUACUGACACUGAUAUUGAUGGCCUUGCAAGUCGAUUUAGAGGUAACUUAAUUAUUGAUGGAAACAACGCAUUUGCCGAAGAUGAAUGGAAAACUGUACUGAUUGGUCACCACAGUUUCCAGUUUCAAGGRCUUUGCGCAAGAUGUCAGAUGAUAUGUCUUGAUCAAAARACAGGRCAAAGAACUGCUGAACCACUUAAGACAUUAGGGCUUGUGAGAGGAACUAAGGUUGGCACGUUUGGCAUUGGUUUGGUUCACAGAGAGAGCGAUUGCACUGGYUGCAAUAAUGACAGUCUACAGCAACAGUAUUUGCAUGUUGGUGAUGYUGUUCAAAUUAUUCAUUAAAUAUGGUGAUUCAUAUUAAUUAAAAGAGGCCGAGCUGCCGGUCUAUCAUGAGAACUUGGAAAGAAGAGGUCAGGACUGGGCUUAGCUGUCUGUGACUGCAUGCUUUCAGAGAUGACUUUCAGAAUUCAGACUUUCAGAAAAGCUCCUUUUUAUCAAAUAUUUUUUAUAUAUAUUUUUCACUUAAUCACUGAAAAUAAAUAUUAUCUUAAAAAUUUA